GUUUAACCAGCUAAUUCAAGAACAACAAUGUUAAAAAGGAUGAUUUGAAGAGGAAAAAACAAAAAGCUUCUUUUCUUAAAGAUGUAUUGAUUUAAUCUGUGCCAUAUGGUAGGUUUGGUAUGACCUAUUUCCGAAUAGUAAAUAUUUUCCAGUGUGAUAUAUCAAAGUAUAUUGCACUUUUGAACUAUAUUAUUUGCUUCCAAGAAGAAAAAGCUGACAAUAAUAUGGAACCUGUAAUAAAUUUGCUGAAAUCAAAAACAAUCAAGGCUUGUUCAUGUUGAGAAGAUAGAACCUGAUACAAGAUUAGUGCCAGUGCAAAGCACAUAGAAAAAGCACGCCCUUCGGCUAAUUUAAUUUAUGUGCCCACAGUCAAAUUUUUGGCACCAACUGCAACACCAAAUCGCUGGCAGCCCAGCCAGCAACUGGCAAAUAUAUAUGGUUUU